AUGGGCUCUUCCGCCUUCUCCUGGCUUCUUCGCCGCGGCGGGGGUUCCGCGGUGGGGGAGAAGAGCGGUAAAGGGGAAGGAAAACGCGGAGAGGUGGUGUCCAGGGAAGAAUUGGAGGAAUUUGGGCUGACGGAGCAGCUGCGGGAAUUCGUGAGGGGCUUGACCGUCGAAACCUUUAAGGAGUUUCGCCUCGCCAAUGGUGAUAAAUGUAUUCUUUACCUUAUUCCCUGGAUCUUAUGUUCCUUCGUCGGAUACCUUCGUCUCAUGGGUGAUCUGAUCUUGGGGAAUAAUCCUUUGAAAUGAAAACAUAUUCCUUCCAAGUACAAGCAUCGAUGGUUCUAUUAUAUCGGUUUUGAUCUUGCUUCAAUCUAGAGAAUUGAGAUGAUUGGUCAUCGAGAGAGGCCGUUAGGAUGUACGAGCACAAUGUUGGAGACAGCUUUUGUGGCUGUUGUUGUCUUCUCGUUCAUUCACUUAGAUUGUGUGCAGGGGGGACCACGCGCUGAGUACUUGAUCACCUAUGGAUCAAGUCAAACCUAAAAGCUAAAACUAAUGUCGUUUCAUUAUUUAAGGACGAAUUCAUAUGGAAAUUAAGUUUCGGGAGAUAUAAAUUCUUGAUGAUCCAGACAGCAUUCUAAGACUACAGCCAUCUACAUAACAAUGGAUGUUUGUACUUUUGUGUCUACGUAUAUACCUUCUGUCUUGCCUGUUAUUCUUUCUACUGUUUAUUAUGUCUAAAUGAUGGACAGAUAAUUCGCCAAUCAGUGGAGACUCUAAUAUAAUGAACCAGAAGUAUGAAGCCAAUGUCCAGAAGGAUCUUACUGAGUGGCAGGAACAACAUGCCCUGCUCAUUCUUUCCAGAGUGAAGGUAGAUUACCUGAAGAAACACCCUCCCCCAAACAGUCAAGUAUCGGGGGAAAUGAACGACUCAUGCGAUUUGUUUCAAAUAUUCUUCUUUAUUGGUACUCAAAUGGUGUAAGAAAUGACAGUAAUUUUCCAAUUAUACAACUGAGAAUGUUAGUCUGUUCUUUCACCUUUCUUAAAAUCUUAACCUCUUCUCUGCAAUCUUUUUGUAUAUCUUCUCUGAAAUUUACUGAUUAAUUGCCUUCAUUAUCACUUAUUUUCUGUUCCAGGAAAUUUCAGAGAUUAGAUACGUUUUGUGUCCUAGACAUUUGAAAGACAAAGAUUUCUGGGCAAUAUACUUCCUACUUGUCAAGAAAUUUGUUGCUCCGUAAGCUUUUUGUCCCUUCCCUUGACAAUUGUCUCUAAUCAGCAUUAGUUGAUGAACAAAGAGAGGAUAAUGAAUUUUUUGUUUAUCCGCUGGAUCAGGAAAGUUUAUGUAUGAUAGAGAUAUAUGUAGAUUUUGCAUGGAGAUCACAUCAGCUGCAUACUCAGUUCUUAAAACCGUUAUGUUUUUAUUUAAGGUGCUUAUUUCAGCGACAUUACUUAAUUAAAACUGUGCCAUUUGUAUUCAGUAGAACCUCAAACAUGAACAUCAACUGUUUCUUGCUUUUUGUUUUAUUUCCUAUCGUCAGUGCUACGUGUGGGAUUCCUAUAUUGUGAAUUUAUAUAUUUUUCUUCAAUUUAACCUGUCCUACAGGUCACUUUUCUCUACAGAGUUUAUUCACCCAUGAAUGGUUGUCAGUAGAUAUAUCACUUAGCUAUUGAGAUGUAUAACUUUUAGCCGAGUUCAUUGACUUCAAGUAAAAUCUAAUCUGGAAAAGUUCUGAAAGCAGCAGACUUCGGAUCAAGGCAAUGUCUUCAACCAAUCCCAGUAUUUGAUUAUUCUCUGGAUUUUUUUCAACAGCAUCCACUCUUCAUGUGAAAAUCAUAGUAUAAGGAAUGCCUGCAUGUAUUAGGUUAGUGAUUUUACAUCGGGAAAAUUCGAGAGUGAUUUUAGUUUGUUCACACUCAUGAGAAUUAAUAUGGUCGCUGCUUAUGAUUGGAUUUCAUAUCUGUGUGCACAGAAUGGGUGCAAUCAAACCUGGCACAGUUUUUCCAACUUGCUCUUAAACAAACUUAUCCUUUUCCCCCAGGUUCUCUCUCUCUCGCUCUUCCCCCCUCUUGUAAGCCUCGCUCAGGGUCUAUGCUAAUCUUCUAUCUAUCGUUGAAAUUUUAUCAGACAUCUUUGGAGAGUCUUAAUCAUUAAGCUCCACUACCUGACUUUUUGUAGUUAUCUCAUUCUGUCCCACUCAGUCUCAGUUACUUACUCUCUUUCAUCCAUGGAACGGAAAUUGGACAUUUCUGUUCUAAAUUAGCUUCUUUCGAGCAGAACCUGCUCGGACAACCUGACAUGGCUGAUCUCAUUUGAUGGGUCGAGCUUAGUACCACAUGGCAUGCUUCGUGACAUUGUAUGGUUAGCUGCCCUAUUAUGUGGUUCAUGACCUCUGGCGGUAAGCUGGAAGAGAGGAGAUGGAGGGUUGAUUUUGGUACUAUUCUCUGCGGUGAAGACAGUUGUGAACUUGUCGUUUCGAAAUUGGUCAUGAUAGGUUCAGUUUUUUUUCCUAGUUGUAUCAAAAACCUAUGCUAUCCAUUGUUGAUGUUCCAUACAUAAUUCUGAAGUUGGACGUUUUGCAAUAUGCCUUUUUGAAUAUCUGGGGACAUUUUUUUCGAAUGCUGCAAAUAUUACCCAGAAUAUAAUUAGAGGAUCUAUCUGCAGAUGACCCAUUGCCUAGUCCGUUAAUAUUUUUUGCUGUCUUGGAUGAUAAUGGAUUGCCUUCAAAAUAAACUAAAUAUCAUGAUGAAAUGUUUAUUCUUCCUUCGCCCUAUUUAGUGUUUUACUUGAUGUGGAGGUAACAUGUCUUCAAUCUAUUUCUCAGGUAUGAGCUACGUGCAAUACAGAAAGCAAAAUUAAAGAUGAUGGCAAUGCAGGUUCAAGAAUCGACAGACAAUGGCGCCAUUGAAGUGGAGAUGACAAUGGCAAAGCCAGUUGAAAGCACCCGUGCCCCUCCUGCUGAGGGGGAAUAA